AUGCGUCUACUUGUAUUGCGUCGAGUGCAUUUGUUUCGACACUUGAGCUUGUGUCGUUUUGUAUCAAAUACCAGUCAUAUCUCACCUAUUGAUCCAUGUAAUAAUGGCAUUGUAUCGUCUUCUACAGCCUUUUUACCAAGUAAAAACCUGAGACUAACGUUAACACCUGCCGAAGAUUCGCUUUUUUGUUUUCUCGAGUACAUUCAACGGUUGUACACCCCUGAGACUAAAUUACGAGUCGCUGGUGGAUGGGUUCGUGAUAAACUUCGUGGUGCAGCAAGUGAGGAUAUUGAUAUUGCAUUGGAUAAUAUCAUGGGGAUGAAAUUUGCCAACAUGAUUCUGAAAUUUCAACGGGAUCGGAAAUUGCCACCGAGUUCCGUAGGAAUUGUAAAAGCCAAUUCAAACAAGUCCAAGCAUUUGGAAGUAGCUACUGUACAAAUUGAAGGUGCAACGGUGGAUUUCGUGCAUCUCCGAGCCGAGGAAUAUACUCAAGGGAGUCGCGUUCCGGAAGUUACAUUCGCGACACCAGCCGAUGAUGCAAGUCGGAGAGAUUUGACAAUCAAUGCAUUGUUCUACAACUUGCAUACGAGACAAGUGGAAGAUUUUACAGGAAAAGGAGUCCACGACUUGAUUCAGGGAAUCAUUCGGACUCCGACAGAACCCGUGCAGACUUUUUUAGAUGAUCCGUUACGGGUUCUAAGAGCUUUUCGAUUUGCGUGUGAAUUUGGUUUUACGAUUGAUUCGGCAUUAGAGAAAGCUGUGCGUGAACAGAGAGAGAUUGUAGAUGCCAUGAGAAGAAAAGUUAGUCGUGAACGCAUUGGAAUUGAAGUGCGCAAGAUGCUUUCAGGCGAGGAUCCUGCGCGUGCAUUUAGUCUGUUGAGAGAUUUUGGUCUGCUUGAUUUGGUAUUCAGUGACAUUGCUGGGGAAACGGAUGAGAGACGAGAGCGUGACAAUGUACAGAAGGACGAAUUCCCGUAUCCACCACGCGUGUGGACCGAGUCCAUUCAAGCUCGAGCAUCUCAUUAUCUUAGCUAUCUACAGCACAGUCGCCUGUCACUGGCAAAGUGCAAGAUAUCAAAUGUGGAAUCAACCGCCGCCAUUUUUGCGCCUCUCUUUCUGCAACAACUACCUACCGUCUGUCUUGAUGACCUCGAGAAAUUGACCCAACCGAUUCACGAGGUGUUUGACGGAAUAACUGAGCAAGAUAUCAUAUCAAGUUCCCUCGCAUUCCUCGACCGUCGUGAAAAAAUUGCCGCUGCACUUGACUCUAGUGAAAUUGUCGAGAUGCUAAAAGUGCACGUAAAAUGGCCGAAACCAGCAGGAAAGCGUGUUGCCUUGAUCAUUGAAGCUAUUGCAACGUAUCCGGAUAAUCCACGCAGUGAUGUUUCAGCAGGAGAAUCGUCAAAAUGUCACCGCUAUGAGGUUGCAAGUACCAUCCAGCAUCGGGUACAGCAGUUGAUGUGGAUGACACAGUAUCACUCGGUGCUUGCACCUGCUAUGACAAUCCUCGUCUCGAAUUGCAGUCGAUUGGAAUACAAGACGCUAGAUCGAGAAACGUUUCAAGUGACGGUAGAAAUGCAAGAAAAAGCGUUAACGAGAUAUCUCACCAUGGCAAAAACGGUUGGAAAAAGCGAUGAACCGACGGGAGGUGAUGAGAUUAGAAGGAUGAAUCCAUGCCGUCGAGUUGAUGGCAAGAUGGUACAGGAGAAAUUUGGUCCAGAUGGCAAAAAAGGAAUUGCUCGAGCCCUUUGGGUCUUACAUGUAUGGGAAAAAAUUCAUCCCCAUGCAAAUUUCGAGACUGAAAGGACGUUUCUAGACCGUUUAGUACUUUGUUGCCAACGAAAAGAUAAUAUCCAAUACUCGUAUUUGGAUAAUAUCUAUUCGUUUUUUAUAUCUCGAUAG